UUCAAUUUCUUGUUUAAAUAUUCUUAGGUACAAACCUUUCUAUCGUAGUAGGCACUUUCCAUGACACGAGGAUCAGAUUCUUUUGUCUGUCUGCUACUGUGACAUGUUUUAGAAUAAGAUAUGUAGUGUUCCAUGAUGUACUGCAAAAAUUAUGAGGUUUUCACAACCUGCUUGCUUUUGUAUCUCAGGUGGUUAACUUCAGAGGCAAUGUUCAGACACGGUUAAAGAAAUUAAAUGAAGGGGAGGUCCAAGCAACCAUGUUGGCACUGGCAGGGCUUAAGCGGCUGCAUAUGACUGAGAAUGUCACAGCUCUACUAUCAGUCGAAGAAAUGCUUCCUGCAAUUGCUCAAGGUGCUAUUGGAAUUGCUUGCAGAAGCAAUGAUGAGAAAAUGGCUAAUUAUAUAGCUUCGCUGAAUCAUGAAGAAACCAGAUUAGCUGUGGCGUGUGAAAGGGCAUUUCUUGAAACCCUAGAUGGGUCCUGCCGCACUCCAAUUGCUGGAUACGCUUACCGCGAUAAGGAUGGAUAUUGUGUGUUCAGAGGUUUGGUGGCAUCCCCCGAUGGAACUCGAGUAUUGGAGGCGUCAAGAAAGGGAUCAUAUGCUCUCGAGGAGAUGGUGUCAAUGGGUAAAGAUGCUGGAAAGGAAUUGCUUUCAAGGGCAGGCCCAGGUUUCCUUGAUUGGUAAUCGUGUAUCAAAUUGCCUGAUGAAAAAAGAACAGAGACUCUAGCAAAAAAAAAAGAAGAAGAAGAAGAAGAAGAAGAAGAAAACAGAGACCAAGAGCUUGAGCAUUGCCUUCCAUUUUUUAUUUCUUAUUUUAUUUUUUCCCAGGCGUGAACCAUUAGAUGUUCACCAAAUUGAGUUGUAACAUGAUAAAUGUAUUAAUGUCUUGUACAACGUUUCUAGCAUUUGAUUAACCCAUGCUACAUUCAGCUGAAAUGAAAAUUCCAUUUUUGUUUCCUCUGUAA